AUGGCAUCAGCGAUCCGCCCAGUUCGUGCUGCGCUCAUCGGGCUGUCUUCCUCGGGAAACUCAUCGUGGGCCUCGGCAGCCCAUCUCCCAGCAUUGCUCACCGAGACUGGACGCUCAAAGAUCACCAUCACCGCGCUGGCUAACAGCAGCGUUCAGGCUGCAGAGUCCGCCAUCCAGAAGUACGGACUUCCGGAGGACACCAAGGCAUAUGGGUCGCCAGAAGAUCUCGCAGCUGACCUUGACAUGGACCUCGUCAUAUGCAACACCCGGGUUGACAAGCACUACGAGACAAUCCUUCCCAGCAUCAAGGCAGGCAAGGACGUCUAUGUCGAAUGGCCAAUCGCCAGCAACAGGAAGCAAAUCGACGAGAUCGUCGAAGCGGCCAAGAAGAGUGGAUCAAGAGUUGCUGUGGGCUUACAGAGACGAUGGACACCACCAGCUGCGAAGCUAAGAGACAUAUUGGAUAGUGGAAACGGUAGACUUGGUAAAGUGCUCAGCUCAGACGUGCGCGCUUUCGGGGGCACAAAUGACAGGGAGACGAUGCCUACUGGUCUGAAGUAUUUCUCUCAAAAGGAUAUCGGCGGAAAUGCUAUCGUGAUAGGUGUUGGUCAUGUACUUGACAUCGUACUCUCAGUCGUCGGCCGACUUGACGCACAGUCCGUUUAUUCGAAAUCACAGAUCCUGCGCCCCAACAUCCGCAUCCAAGACCCUCAAACCAAGCAAACAGUUGAAGAAGUAACCACCGACGUGCCUGACUUCCUAGCGGUCCAUGGCACUAUAGCGCAAUCUUCUCUCACUGCCCCAAAUGCAACUCUGUCCUUCCUGUUCCGCCGCGGUCAGCCCUUUCCCGGUACCCCAGCGCUGACAUGGACUAUCAACUGCGAAUAUGGCGAGAUUCUUAUUACAUCUGCCACGCGUAUGACUUUCCAAAUGAGUGAAGGAGAUGAGCCGGUCGUGAUACAGGUGCACCAUUUCGAUACUCAAGAGGUGGAGAAUGUAGUCUGGGAUUGGAGCGAUAUGCAGAAGAAGGUAUCCGUUAUUGGACGAGAUGUCAUGACCAGUCUUUUCGCGUUCGCGGAGGGUAAGGCUGAGGAAGAGGGAUGGCCGCCCCCAGUGCCAGAGAUGACGCCCUCGAAUGCGCGUACGAUAGCCAAGGACCUACCAGUCAACUUGACCUCACUCGACCAAGCGCUUCGGCCAUUUCGCCACUCAUAUACCCACACGGAUCGAAUUCUCGAUGUAUUUGGUUUGGUUCUCCAGCGCGUUUACGAGUGUCGCGAGAAGUAUCCGGAUGCGCUGCCAUCAACAGAGUACCAACAGCACAUCCAUGCCCCAUGGAUUCAAACUUUGCAGUGGCUUCGCGAUCCCGAAGCCUUUCGCUAUUCCGACCCGGAAUCACUGCAAGUGGCGCAGCUGAUGGCCAAGCAAGACCCAGUUCGCAUCUGGUUCGAGCUAGACUCAAAUGUCCGACAAGAUGUCUUCGGUGGCAAUCCAUACGACGUUGUGAUAGAUCUCGGGCGAGGGUACACCAAAGUUAAAAGGGGAUUGAAGUGGCUGGUCGACUGCGCCACUCUCAGUUUGUCGGAAGAAUCUCAGUGGUCGAAGGAGAAAGAUAUUGCGACGGCAAAUUUGACGGCUGUCGCAACCUGCGGGCCGGUCUACGGUCUAGCGGAGUCGAAUCCUGCUCUCGAUCAUACCCACGAACUUUUCGGCCCCGGAGGCGUACUGUGGUCGGUAAUGGAGGUCUUCACCCGCGAACCGGGUAACUUUAGCGGUAUUGUGGGUAUAUUGGACAUGGUCAUGCAGCAGACUUUCAACGUUGCCCUGCUGUUCAGAUCCUCCUAUGAGUACGAUGGUCGUGCGUUUAGUCAGCAACCAGCAUACAAGUGGUACGCGAUGGGCCUAGAGGAAGCGUGGACGAAGUACAUCUACUCUGUGGAAUGCCAAGAUCCCCAAGCACUGAUGCCAUAUCAUGUUCGGGAUGGUCUGAAGAACAUCGACUUCAUUGGGCUUUGGGACGCCAUAUGGAAGAAGGCAUACGAUCUGAGUCGUACUUUCACGUCCGAUCCACUCGUUCUGGAGAUCUGGAUGUUUCUCUGGGCUGUGCGACAAAUGAGGCUUCCAUACUCCGAUCCUAGACCCUGGAUACCGGGUGCCAACGUGGCUGUUAUCGUCGAAAGGCGGUGUAAGGAGUAUGACAUAAACACAGAAGGCGUCUUGAGCAUCGCACCAAAUGACAUCUCACCAGAUGACAUCUAUAACUUCGAUACACCUCCAGAAGACUUCCGUUUAUCAGGUUUCUCCAACGAAGUAGAUGUGGAAGCUAUAAUGCGCAGCCGAGGACCGCGAUUUCCGUCCACAGGACGGGGCCAUCGCUUCUAUGACGAGGACGAUGAUCCUGACACAGCCGAUAUGGACGAUGGCGAAGACGAGAACCUGGAUCUGGCCAUCGAUGACACCGCCGACCUUGAACCUUACGGCCCUCUUCUCGAUCUCACUGAUCUUGCGACUGCCACAACAACAGUUCCCGAAGACCAAUGCUGUACAAUCUGCAUGGAAGAUCACUUCCAUAGUAGUAAUGAUCGUCACGGGGGAACCAUGAAGCUCAAUUCGUGCGGACAUCUGUUCCACUACAAGUGCAUCUACGAAUGGCUGAAUGGAACAUCCGCUAAUAGCAACCUUUGCCCGGAAUGCCGUAUUCAGUUCAGCGAGCAGCGUAGACCGGUACGACCAGUUCAACCGGCAUCAGUGUCGUCCUCAGACUCUGGUAGUACGUGGCUUGUGUCCACCAGCGACGACUUUGAAGAUGAAGAAGAGCGAAGCCUUGAGCCGAUUUCCCAGCAAAAUCGAGCUGAUGGCGAUGCCCUGAACGAGACGGAAGAGACCUCAGCUCACGGAGAUACACCAGCUCAGCCUGCCACGACGGGAGAAUCAGCUUUGGAAUACAUGACCCGUCGGCGGGGAUUCAUAGUGUAUGAAGGCGAUGCGAACCGGGGGGAUGAUGAUGAGGAAGAGAACGACUCUCACGAAGACCACAACGACUCUCACGACACCUCCUCUUCUUCUACUUCAUCCCCAGAUGCCGGACUCAGCGAUCCGCAAGAAAACGUAUCCGUUCCCGCAACUACUAGGCGGCGGAACCGUAUGGUUAGCAUUGAUUAUAGUGCGACUUGGGACGGACGCGCAUUCUCAGACGAACCGGACGACGAGAAUGAAGAAGGGGUUGGCGAAUGGAUAUACGAUUAUGACAGGUUGACCCAGUCGCAUGAUCAUUAG